AUGCUCCCUCUGCAGGAGGGCAGCCGGGAAGAGGGCAUCUGCCCCAUCUGCCAGGAGUGCCUGAAGGAGGCAGUGCGCACUGACUGCAGACACCUCUUCUGUCGAGCGUGCCUGGCCCAGCACCUGGAGAAGGCCUCAGCCUCCGGGGUCCUCAGCUGCCCCCUCUGCCGGAAGCCCUGUUCCGAGGGGGUCCUGGGGGCCGGCUAUACCUGUGACAGCCACCAGAAGAAGGUGUGCUGGUUCUGUGAGGAGAGCAGACGUCUUCUGUGUGUGGAAUGCCGGGUGUCCCCUGAACACAAGUGUCACUGUGAACUGGCCAUUGAAAACGCCAUCAGCCACUACAAGGAACGACUCAACCGCAGGAUCAGGAAGCUCAGAAAGGACAUCUGCGAACUCCAGCAGCUCAGGGCUCAGGAGGAGGAGAGACUGCAGGCUAUGCAGUUUCAGGCAGACUGUAGGACCCACAGGCUGGAGGCUGAACUGGAGCGUCAACACCAAGCCGGGAGACAGCUGGAUGCCCUCCCUCAGCAGCGGCCAGGCCAGCUGGAGGACAUGCCAGCAGAGGUGUCCAGAACCCCUGGCAUCUCCAGGGCAAUGAUUCAACUCAGCAGCCUGGUCACUGAACUGGAGGGGAUGGCUAAGAAACUGGAUGCCAGCCUGCUGAAGGAUGCCAGUGACUUAUUGAACAGGAGUGCUCCAGAGCAGUUAGAGGCUAUUUAUCCCAACUUAGAGAAAAGAAUCAAUGAAUCACUUAACCAGCCAUCCUCAGCAGUUCUGACCAGUUCAUCCCUGGACCAGCUCAUCUCAGACUCACCUCAGCCUCCUGGCUCUCCUUCCCCCAACCUGUCCAACCUCCCACUAGGUCUGCCCAGUGCACCCUCAGGCCUGCCACCUCCUGAACAUGCCACAGCUGUGAUCAGAUGCCUGACCCUCUGA